GUGCUAUUGGUAUGGGGAAAUCAACAUUCAAAGAAAAAUUUAGAAUUUAUUUAAAAAAAAGAGAAUAUAAAGUUUAUCGACCAGUUGAAGCAUCUCUAUUACUUAAUGAAAAAUUAAAACUCUUUUGUAAAGACAAAAAAAAUAAUGCUUUAUUUUUUCAAUAUGCAAUUCUUAAUUUUUACAAGAAACAAGCUACAGAAAUUAAUAUAAUUGAUUCAUAUGAUUUUGUAAUACUCGAUCGAACACAUAUUGAUACUGAACCUACAGAUGAAAAUAUGAUUGAGAGACAACAAAACAGAGAUCGAAAAGCAGAAACUUAUACUAAAGAAUAUUUAAUUAAUUUAUCUGAUUUUUAUGAAAAAUUAAUUGAUAAAAUUUAUCCUUCUCAUAUUAAAAUUGAAAAUAAUUGUUCUGUUGAGAA